AUGCAUCUCGAUCACAAACUGCCAUGGAAGACUAUCGCUUCUCAUUUUACCUUGGCAAGAGCUGAAUCAAGUGCCAACUACAACCUGAUAGCUCUCGGAUUGCCUUCACAAGAUGCAGCUCUUGGACACUUCAGCCGAGUCUUGAUUGCGACCAUCGAGGAGUUCUCCAAUACGGAAACCUCCAAGGUUAACACCGACCAAGUUAACGGGAAAUUAUUCUCAGACGAUGUACUCAACUUUCCAGAGCACCAUUUCGGCCUAGGCCCGCACGAUACGAACUCGGCGUUAAACAAUCCGUUACAUGCAAAACACCAGGACUUGGACUAUUGGAAAGAACGGGCCUCUACCUCAGAUUAUGGCGCAAGCUAUUGCACCGCAGAUGGCGACUUGGCCGAUGCAGCCAAAAUGCUGGUUAUUACUGCUGCCGUCAGCGACAAUCAAACCAUUCGUCGCGAGGCCUUAUCCGCUCUUUGCCAACUCUCAGCACAUGUUCCCAUGUCCGACUUGCGAGGUUUGACUUGGGGUCAUGGUUUCGGACUAAGUCUUGUCGCUUCUGAAGCAUUAAAGUUGUAUGUGCUAUUAAACUUGAUAGAAGCAGUUCAGUCUCGUGGUGCACAGCAGGUCUCACUACUGAGAGUCAAGAUACUGCUAUGUGCUCUGGGCAAUUAUUCACUCCAAAACUAUGACUAUCCUGCGCAAAAUAUUCCGCAUCGCGCUUUCUGGCAUUCUUUAGGGAUUACGGAGUCUUGGGCCGAUCGACAGGCAGAUGGGAUUAUUGAAAGUGAAGAACCAGUUGUGGACCCCCUGGGGCUUGGGGAUGACGAAGUCCAUCAAAAAGCAAGGAUUGAUCUUAAAAAGUAUUUGAAGGAUUGUUUUGCAAUCUUGUACGUCUAUGACGUGUUUCUAAAACAGGUUGCAAAUGAAGAGCAGCGUAGGGAAUUUUGGCUUUAUGAGAUCAAUUUGUGUUUUUGGUCUAGCAUGUAG